AUGUGGGAAGCUCAUUUAGGAGCUAACCCUAUAUUUUGUGACAUGAAACAAGUAGUUCAUGCCACAGAUGUUUUGGAUUGGGAAGACAAAGAUGCUGCAGAGACAUUGGUCGACAACGUUGUCCAUUCCAGGAUCAUAAAUCCUUUACGUCUAUUUGUUAAGCCAUCACCAGUGUUGAAACAUGGCCAGGUGUCAUAUUCAGACAGCAUAGACAACUUUUGGGAUUGGCUGUCCAACAUCACUGAGGUUCAGGAGUCUCUUGCACGAACUAAACGCAGACCAAUUGUAAAAACUGGGAAAUUCAAGAAGAUGUUUGGCUGGGGAGACUUCCACUCCAACAUCAAAACUGUUAAACUUAAUCUCCUCAUCACAGGGAAAAUUGUUGACCAUGGCAAUGGAACCUUCAGCGUUUAUUUCCGACAUAACUCCACGGGUCUGGGAAACGUUUCUGUAAGCCUGGUGCCACCUUCCAAAGUGGUGGAAUUUGAAUCAUCGCCACAGUCAACACUGGAGACCAAGGAAUCCAAGUCCUUCAACUGUCGAAUUGAGUAUGAAAAAACAGAUCGUGCUAAGAAAACUGCAUUGUGCAAUUUUGACCCUUCAAAGAUCUGCUACCAGGAGCAGACCCAAAGCCAUGUUUCUUGGUUGUGCUCUAAACCAUUUAAAGUUAUCUGUAUUUACAUUGCUUUUUACAGUGUAGAUUACAAACUGGUGCAAAAGGUCUGCCCUGAUUAUAAUUACCAUAGCGAGACUCCAUACUUGUCCUCUGGCUGAUGUGAUCCAUGUUCUGAAUAACUGUAGAAAUUCAGCAUUGGUCAUAAACAUAAGAGUUUCCUUUAAUCUAUGAGGACAAUGCUUUCCUAUCAGGUUAAGGUCUUUCAAAACUUGUGGCUGUGUUUGUGCUGUAUCGUAAAUAUUCAAACUGUUUAUGUAAAACCCAUUUUCAUUUGAAAAAGUUGCAUUCCAGCUACGUUGUCAUUAAUAAGGGAAGUGUCAAGCAGAUGCAGGAUAAGAAGAAACAAAAUUAUGCAUGUCACAAACGCUGAUCUUGAAAAUUAUUGAAGCAGGUUGGAAGGCUGCUUGAGCUAGCAGAUACAUUGAUGUCUUUUAGUUGAUUUGUACAGCACUUACACAUUAAGUUCUCAACACAGAGUGGGAACUGGAGACACAAACAACAGUGACAAAUAAGACUGCUACAAGAUGUCCAUAUGAAAACCCCAGUAACUAUUAACUCUCCCAUUGAUUUUGAUAGUUAUAUACACAGGGCUUGAAGAAUCUAGUCCUAACCUUUGAAGAAAAUGGUAUUUCUAUGAAAGAAAUUACAGGAAGUUGGUUCUUCCUGUGCAUUUCAAAAAGUAGGUGUAGACAUUGACAUAAAAGAGUUCUUUCUUCAGCUUUCUUACCUCUGGAUAUGCAAUGAUGUAAUCAGACAUUGCUAACCCUGUGAGACCCUAUCAGUACAGGCUUGGUGUACAUUUCUCCCUGCUGUGGUUGCCAUUGCUUUGCUUUAUUCUCAGGUGUUUACAUAUAUACCAGUACUAGUUUUAUAGUAAAACACGUGUACCUUGAUCUGCGUUCAGUGAGUCCCAGAGCAACAACAAUGAGUAGAUGUUUCAUUUAGAAGUAAGCAUUUAUCUUUACGUCUUGCUGUAGAGCCCCAUCCUAAUAUUACAUUCCUAGCUAACAGAAAAAUAUCAUAAAUUAAGGCCAAUAUCCCAAAAGGACACGCUUUCUUUUUCACGAGUCCCAGUUAAAAUGACUGUCUUUAAAUUAAUUAAAAAAAAAAAAAAUCACUGAAAAAUAGAAGGUCAACAAAGAUCUGAAUAUUGAGACCCUAUGCAGAUAUCCAAAUGUUAUGGCCAGAUUCCAGCUGGCCUCAAAUAACAUGGCUCUACUGAAGCCAACAGCAGAAUUUACUCCUGUGGUGCAGAAGUAAGCAUAAACAUCACAUGAGCUUUCUUAAGUAAAAAGGCAUGUAAAAAAAAUGAAAGCCAACACUUUAUCAUUUCUGAUGUCACAGAUCCUUGCUGAGAUUUGGAAAGGAAGUAGUUGGGAAAGGGGGGGGAUGUCUUGUUACAUGUAAGUGAACAUUGAUGAGUGCUGGCAGAAAAGUACAUUAACAUGAAAAUUAAGUUUUGCUAACAUGUACUUGUAAAAGUAUGGCAGUGCUUCUAAACAGACAAGGAGAUAUGUCAAGGCAAAAAGGACCUCACCUGCAGACAUUUUUUUGUUCGUUUGCUUGUAAAGCGUCAUACUGAAAAAUGUUUUAAAAUUCUUUGUUAAAGAAAACGUUGAAUUUGUUUUUGUCCUAAGGUUACAAAUUUAGAAAUGUGGUUUGGUUUUAUUGAGAAUCUAAAGGUUUCCACUCACUUCGUGCAUAUAGUCUCCCAUUCUCAAUAACAGAGUUUUCCAUUUUUUUAGUCUAUGACUGCUAAUGCCUUCAUAAUGUUUUAUGUUCUGUAGGGCGUGCUCUAGAUCAAGGGUGGCCAACCCACAACAGACAUGCCACAAGUGGUAUGCACAGCCCAUUUUUGUGGCAUGUGAAUGAUCAGAAAGUGGGCAGGAAGAAGAGCAGCAGCAGGCAGGGAACAGAGCUACAAGUUGGGGAAGGAGUGAGAAGUGGAUCAGAUCAGGGAGGAGGUGAGAGGCAAAGCAUGAUCAGCCUGGGAGGAAAACCACACUUAGGAAGGGAGGGAGAAGCAACUGGGGAAAGGAGCAAAAGGCAAACUAACAAGAGGGGGCUGGGAGCAGAGCAGCAAGCAAAGGUUGGGGGGUGGUAAGAAAGAAGAUCAGGCUGGAAGCAAAGCAGGAAGUGGAGAGGUAGCAAGAAACAGGUAAGAUCUGGCAAAGUGGAAUGGGGCUGGGAGCAAGGCAGCAGGUAGCAGAGGGAGUAAGAUGGCUUAUGCAAGAAGAUCCGGUGAGGGAGAGCCUUUCUUCGUUUACUCCCACAAAGCAAAUAAACCCCAUGUUUUGUGCACAAUUCUUGUAGUUUAUUUAGUUUUAAUUUUCUACAAUGCUUAGUAAUGUUGUAAAAGAAGAUAAAACAAUUAUCACUCAUCUCAAUGCUUUUAAAACAACACCGGAGUAGAUUUUCAUCUCAUUUUUUUGUCACGAUACCUCAUAUCAUGAAAUGUUCCUUUUUUACGAGCCUCCACAACUGUGGGCCCAUGGACUAUCCAUCGGCUCUGCAUUCAAAUUCUACUCCCUGAAGCUGAUGAAACAUCCUUAAGUCCCGCUGAUUUAAGAGAAGAAAAAACACGUGCAGUUCAGAUCUUUGCUGAAUUUGGCACAAAUUGAUAAACAGCCACAGUGGUGUCUGCGGAGUUCUGUAUCUGUCCUCAUAGCAGGCUCAUAUUAUUCCUUGCACCUUAUUUUGAUGCACAGGGUGAGGACAUUUCAAAGAUCAUUUCCCAUUUCCUGCUUGUUUUCACUUAUGCACACAAACUGCUCUUUGAAAUUCAGAGACUGAUCUCUGGCAGACAGGUUCUUUGGGUAAAUCCGAUAUCUUUUAUUAGACCAACUCAAAUAGUUGAAAAAAGUCUUCUUAGCAAGCUUUCAGGUACAAACACCCUUCGGCCGGCAAAGAGGUAGUGAAAAGAGGGCAAUGGCUAGCUGUGGCUCCUCCUUAGCCAUUACAUGCUUAACUUUUUGUUCAAAGAGUUAAUUACAGUGUGAGUAGUCACCCUAUGGGAGAGGAGGUUGCAGGUAUUUUUUUUUCUACCCAAGGCAUUAUACUUGCAGUGUCUCUGCUGGGGGAUUGCUGCUUUGUUCUACCCCUCGUUAGGCCCCAGGAGAGAACUCUGACCCUCCAAGUUUAAUUGCCAUGUUGUGUUUGACACCCCAGUGCUAAGAAGUGGAGAUCCCUUGACUUGCUAAUGCAAGUCUGGGGUCUUUUCUGCCUGGAGUGUACGUAACAUGGAAGCAAGUGCUGCCAGGAGUCUACAGCCAUGCAGAUGCGUGACUAAGGCCCCAUCUGCACAUUACACUUAAGGCAUGAUUAACCAGUUAAUCACAUCUUAAAUUGUGACCCAGACACAUUCAAUCAAUUAAUAGCAUGAUAACACAAGGACUAAGCCACAAAGUUAUUCUACAAAAAAAAAUAAUGUAAUAAAAUGUUGUGGCUUGUUCUUAUCACACCAAUAAUUGAAUGGGUGGCUGGGAGCCCCAUCAGCUGACAAGGCUCCCAUCUGCAGGGGUGCAUCACCCACUGCCCUGGCUAUGAGCCUCAUCAGCUGCACGGGAGCUUGCUACUUGCUGGUGCAGGGGGAGCCAGGGACUGUAAUUAUGGGCUCCCCCUGCACUGGCAAUAAGGCACGAUUGGCAUGGCAAGCGUCUCUCGUGGUAAGAGGUGCGAUUGUACGGGUUGCGCAUCAGCUCCUAUCGCGCCUUUGCCUGAACUCCUAGAAGGGCUCCAAGGUCGAGUGUUUUUUUUUUUACUACGGCUGCCCAGUGGCAUCUGAAAACAAAACAACAGCAGUACAUAUUGUGAUCCCUGGCCCUGCCAGAGGUGUGGAGAGCGAGGGGUCAUUCAAAUGUGAAGAGAAAGACUGUUCUAGGCUUUUGCUUGCCUUUCCUUCAUUCUUUCAAAAGCAAAUAGGAGCUUGCAGCUGUUCAGUCAGGAUUAGCGAGGCUCCCUGCCAGUUUCCCCAUGAAUCCCUCAGAGACUGGCUCCCAAUUGCAAGGAGCCAACAAUCACACCCUGUACCACUGUGGUUCCCCAGCACCUGCUGCCACUUACUCUGCACACAUGGGAGGGCAGGAGGUUUCUUUCUCCACUUUCCCUGCUGUUCCUGACUUGUCAUACAACUACUGCUUCCUAACACUAAUCAUACACUUUGCCAAGGUCUUUUCAUAGGAAUCUGACCCUCCUCUUCACCUGCUCAGAGGGAGAUGAGCAGCGGGGAGGCAGUUGUUAGGAAUGAUGGUUUCUUGCUCACUAUGUUCAUCAGGCCUCAAGAGAGGAGCUUAUUUGUUUGACUUCCAUGUUUGUAGUUAGCUUUCCUGCUUUUUGAAACCAUGCAAUCCCAGGAAAUUUAGGAAUCUUGAAUUCCACAAGUCUUGUCACUUAUUCCAGACCUUGCAUACCUGGUAUUGAUGAUGUAUACUCUAAAGACAUAAUUAUCUGUAGUAUUCACUUGCAGAUAUGCAGUGAUGCAAAGAUCAAGUUAUUAUGAAAAAGUUUGUCAUUCAGCAGCAGCUAUUUUGUUUUCAGAGCGCAGUGGUCUCACUGGGCAUUUAAUAUCUUCCCUUUAGACUCAUCAUGUUCCUGCAGUAACACUUUUUAUUGGUCACUAGUUGUUUAUCAAUUGUAUUAACAGAAACAAAAUGAAACAGGGGGGAUCAACCCAUGGCAUGGGCAGCCUCUGUGUGGCGCACAGCACCAAGGAAGGGGAUCAGAGUGGCACUCUGGUAGGGUGCAGAGCUAACCUUGUGGCAUGCCCUGCUGAAAAAAGACUGGUUACCACUGAUCUAGAUUUAGGUGUAUAUUAGCUAGAAGUUAUUGCUAUAUUCUCUGAGUUCAACGUUUGGUGCUUUUGUAACUUAGUCGUAAGCCAUGACUUUAUUGCCAUGUAUUUUUACCCAGCACUAUAGAAAACUUAAUAACAAACAAAACUACAAGGUAUUUAUUGUAGAGUAUGUGAAAACCAUAAAUGUAUAUACACAAAUAUAUGUGUACAUGUAGAGAAUAUAUGUGUACACUUAUUUCUAUGUAAAUAAAGAGAGUUUGCUA